AUGGCUGCUCGCGCUCUUCCUUCUCACCUCAAGCCUUCUGCCGCUGAGGGCGGCGAGGGUGGCUUCGCGCCGCGCCAUCACGGCAAGACGCAGUCCCACGUUGCUUUCGAGAACACAUCUACCAAUGUUGCUGCUUCGCAAAUGCGCAACGCUCUCAACAAGCUCGCCGAUGGCGUCACUGACCCCGCAGAGAAGAAGUACUUCGAGACGGAGAUGGACAAUUUUUUUGCCCUGUUUCGACGAUACCUGAACGACAAGGCCAAGGGCAACGCCAUCGACUGGAACCGCAUUGCUCCUCCGAAGAAGGAACAGGUUGUCAACUACAACGACCUUGCCAAUUCCGAGGCGGUCGAAUACCUCAACAAGCUGGCAGUCGUCAAGCUCAACGGUGGUCUCGGUACUUCCAUGGGCUGCGUUGGCCCCAAGUCAGUCAUCGAGGUCCGCGAUGGCAUGUCCUUCCUUGACUUGUCGGUGCGCCAGAUCGAAUACCUGAACCGCACAUACGACGUCAAUGUCCCCUUUGUCCUCAUGAACUCGUUCAACACGGACAACGACACUGCCAGCAUCAUCAAAAAGUACGAGGGACACAACAUUGAUAUUCUCACCUUCAACCAGUCCAAGUACCCUCGAAUCUUGAAGGACUCGCUUCUGCCAGCUCCCAAGACUCGCGAGUCUGACAUUGCCAACUGGUACCCUCCGGGUCACGGUGACGUUUUCGAGUCUCUGUACAAUACCGGCAUGCUGGACAAGCUUAUCGAGCGUGGCAUCGAGACCAUUUUCCUCUCCAACGCUGACAACCUCGGUGCCGUUGUUGAUCUACGCAUUCUGCAGCACAUGGUCGACUCCAAGGCUGAGUACAUCAUGGAGUUGACCGACAAGACCAAGGCCGAUGUCAAGGGCGGUACCAUCAUUGACUACGAGGGCUCUGUCCGUCUGCUCGAAAUCGCACAGGUUCCCAAGGAGCACGUCAACGAGUUCAAGUCAAUUAAGAAGUUCAAGUACUUCAACACCAACAACAUCUGGAUGGAUGUCAAGGCCGUCAAGCGUGUCGUUGAGCAGAACGAGCUUGCCAUGGAGAUCAUUCCUAACGGCAAGUCCAUCCCUGCUGACAAGAAGGGCGAGGCCGACAUCUCCGUCCUCCAGCUCGAGACUGCUGUCGGUGCUGCUAUCAAGCACUUCAAGGGCGCCCACGGUGUCAACGUCCCCAGGAAGCGUUUCCUGCCCGUCAAGACUUGCUCCGACCUUAUGCUCGUCAAGUCGGAUCUGUACACGUUGCAACACGGCCAGCUUGUUAUUGACCCCAACCGCUUCGGUCCCGCCCCUCUGAUCAAGCUCGGCAGCGACUUCAAGAAGGUUUCCAGCUUCCAGAACCGCAUUCCUUCGAUCCCCAAGAUUGUUGAACUUGACCAUCUGACCAUUACCGGUCCGGUCAACCUUGGCCGCGGCGUCACCCUCAAGGGCACAGUCAUUAUUGUUGCCACAGAAGGGUCCACUAUCGAUAUUCCCCCGGGCUCCAUCCUCGAGAACGUUGUCGUUCAGGGUUCGCUGAGAUUGCUUGAGCACUAG